UGCGCUGAGGUGUUUCUUUUAAUACCAUCCUCUGGAAGUGGCCCUUGCACUUUAUUUCCGCUCUUAGAAGUUGCGCUUUUGGGGGAGUAUGGCUACGAGUGUUGACAAUGGUGAGCUGUCCGAUAUGGAGGGUGUGCUGUCUGAGCUGGAGGUGUUGCAGUCCAUCUAUGUGGAUGAACUUGUGGUUUCCUAUAAGGACAACAGAUCAGAACCUUGGGAGAUCAGUCUGACACUCCACCCAGCAACAGCGGAGGAUCAGAAUUCCCAGUAUGUCCGUUUCACACUGCUCCUUUCCUUAUCCAGUCAGUAUCCAGAUGCUGCUCCAAGAAUAACUAUUCAGAAUCCCAGGGGGCUCUCUGAUGAACAGAUCCAGCAUAUUCGGAAUUCCCUGACAAGUGUUGCAGAUGCAGGCAUUGGUGGACCUGUUCUCUACGAAAUAAUUGAAAAAGGUAAAGAAAUCCUCACCAGCAAUAAUGUCCCUUACUGCCAGUGUGUGAUAUGCCUGUAUGGCUUUCAGGAAAAUGAAGCCUUCACCAAGACAGAAUGCUAUCAUUAUUUUCACUCCAAUUGCCUUGCCCGGUAUAUCCAGCACACGGAAGAGGAACUUGAGAUGGAGCGUAUGGAGAAUGAGCGGAACAAAAUUCCUCCACCCCAGCAGGAGCCUGGUGUGCCUUGUCCAGUCUGCAGGACGACUUUAGCAUAUGAUCUUCCAUCCCUGCUGUCUGCUUCACCUCCACAGCUUCCUUCAGAGAGUUACAUACCUGACGGCGCUACCUUAAAGCGAAUGGAGGAGCUGCAGCUCAUUUUCAAGAGGCAACAAGCAAAAGGUGGUAUCAUUGACCCUGAAGCUGAGAAAAAUCGUUACUUAAUCCGUCUUCAGGAGACUGCAGUAGGAGACAGUAGUGAUGAGAGCAGUACUGGACAACUCUCCGCUUUAUCCACUGAUAACCCAAAGGACAGUUCGCUAAUGGGCCUGCCACCAGCUGUUACAGUGGAGUCGCAGGAAACAACUUGUGAUGGCCCAGCUGCAUUACCUAAGGUGAAGAAGGAUAGUGUUUCAGAGCAAUAUUCAGCCCCAGUGGAGCCGGAACACAGCAGUAAGGACAGAGGAGCAUCUGUAAAGCAAAGGUUCAGAGGUCACCCAGAUCCUAGUCGCAGACAUUUUAGAGAUCCUCCAGAAGGGCUGCGGAUUUCUUAUAGACAGCAUGAUGGUUGGUACCGAAGAGGUCCCAGGGAAUUUACACGCUCAUUGGAGGAUAGAGACUGGGCCUCAAAACGAAGUGGAAAGUAUAAGCCAGAAUUUUCACGGCCUAAUUUUAGAAGUGAACCAGAUGAGACUAGGAGGUUUUCUCCGGUGCAGAGGACUCAGCAGCCUCAAGUAGCUGGACAAGUACAGUCUGAGUUAAUGCAAAAUGGUUGUGUUCAGCUGCCAGACCACCAUAAAAGUACUACAGAUGCCACAGGGCCUGUUGAAGUGAAGGAAAAGGCAGGAACUGAAGUGACAGCUGUCUAUAGAGAUAGCCGCCGUGGUCGUAGCUGGGGUGGGACAAGGCCCAGAAGAGAAUGGGACUCUGGAAGAUGGGAAAAACCCAAGGACAGAGAGUCAGGCUCAUACCCACGUACCCCAAGGAAUCGUGGCAUGGGUCGUCCUCUGCAGAAUGAAAAUAAAUCACAGCUAGAAGUAGACGGAGAGACUUUUGUGAGAGAAGAGACUAGGUAGCAUCCUUUUAAGUGAAGAUCAGCCACUCAGUCUUAAAAAAUGGAAUGGACAGGUGCUGGGAAUGGUGACCAUGUUUUCUUAGCACUCCUCAAACACUUGAGUUCAACAAAGGAUUAUUGAUGCAACCUGACACCGCAGAGUACAAGGCUGGAAGCUGUGUGUUUUGCGAUGCUUUGGUGUCCUUCCCCCCCCUGAUUGGGAAUGGUACUGCUUCUGUGAGCUAACUAAAUUUGACUUUGGAUCCAUGGUUUUCAGAAAUGCCACACUACAGAGUAUUAAGUGAAAUCUGACUGCAGUUCGUGUUGAGGAUUCUGUGAACUCUGCUACCACUCUGUCUCUGUGUGAUGGUGUUACCAACUUCCCUCUGAAGUGCACAAGUGGUAACUGGCGCUCCAUCUGCCAUUCAACACCAACCUGAUGUGCAGUCAGUCACUGAACCUGCCAAAUGGCUGUAGAAAAACAUCUGAAGGACUUAUGCAGUGUUUGCACAAGAUGAGCAAAGUCUGAUUUACAUCACGCAAUAAAUUAUUGUAAAGUUUGUAAAGCACAAAA